AUGUCGUCCAUGCGCGCCCUCGUAUCUCCCCAGCUCCAAACCCUUCUCCGGCCGCAAGUCCUUCGUACUUCGCCGAGAUUCAUGCGAAUUCAGACCGCCGCGUUAUCAUCGGCCAUCUCAGAUGCCAUCAUCCAGGACCACCGCGAGCUGGAAAAGUACUACAAUGAGGUCAUAAACUCUACCGACCAUGAUCAUCAGCAACGCUUUGGGAACCAGUUCGUCUGGGAACUCGCGCGCCACUCCAUCGGCGAGGAACUGGUAGUCUAUCCUGCUUUUGAGAAGUACAUGGGACCCAAGGGUCAGGAGAUGGCAGACAGCGAUCGUCAGGAACACCACAAGGUCAAGGAACUUCUUAAACAAUUCCAGAACAUGAAAUCCACAGAUCCAGACUACGUGCCGAAGCUCAAGGAACUAUGGGCCCCGCUCUGGCAUCACAUCCAAGAGGAGGAGAAGCUUGAUUUGCCGGCUCUUGAACAGUCGCUCAAGGCCCAGGGUGAGGAGACAGAGACUUUGGCGAGGAGGUUCGACCGCACAAAGAAAUUUGUGCCGACACGAAGCCAUCCCACGGCAGGCGAGAAGCCACCGUUCGAGACUGUCAUGGGUCUCAUGGCCGCGCCUAUGGACAAGUUGGCUGAUAUGCUGCGCAAGUUUCCAGACCAGAGCAAGCUUUGA